UCGAAAUUCGAUCGAUGACUUCGGUGUUCAUCAUGCGACUGUUCCGCGGUGGUCGGUCCAUGCGUGCAUCUUGGACGCGAACGUACCACAGCACGCUCUCGCCGUUGACGUCAGUGAAGGCUCCCUUUGGGACGCUUCUGGGAACGACGGAUGGCGGCGUCCAUGUCUACAGCAGCGACUACACAACGUUGGACCCGGCCGUGCGAUCAAACCGCACGCAUUUCCAGAGUCUCCUCGGCGACGUCACGACAGGAUACAAGUGGCAGUGCGUGGAACUAGGUCGUCGAUACCUGUUGGUGAACCAUGGCGUCGUUUUCGACAACAUCGCCAUGGCGUACGACAUCUUCCGGUUGAAGUGUGUCACCCGCGUCGCCGAUGGCAAGCUGCUUCCAUUGCACGCUCAUGCCAACGGCACGUCGUCAACCCGGCCGACCAAGGGCUCGCUAUUGAUCUGGACCCCGUCUGGCGAAUUCCGACAAACUGGGCACGUGGCCGUGAUCGUGGAUGUUGGCCUCUCGUACGUCGACAUUGUCGAGCAGAACGUGCACGAUGCAGUGUGGCCGUCCCAGCGAUCGUACUCCCGCCGCCUUCCUUUGCACUACGACCCCAAUACCAAUACAUACGCAAUCUCAUGCACCUACGCGGACGGCAACAUAUUGGGCUGGAUGACGGUGGACUUCGACAACGAGUACAACUACGAAGACUUGCAUCCGUUCACAGCGUCGGACCUGGUGCGUCCUUCCAGCACCCAUCCCCACGAAUUCCGCAUGCCUCCAUCCGGCGCGGCGGCGCUCGAGCACGCGACCAACCAGCUGCAUCACAUGAUGCUCGACGCCACCGACUACAUGUUGCAGCACUCGGAGCGGUUCGUUGGUUCGACCGACGUCCCUGAGCGGCUGUGGUCGCCCCUUCGUAAAUCCUGGUUUGAGCAAAAGCCCGACGACUUGGUGUCCCAGUUUGAGUUCACACUCACCGACGACGGGCUGCACUGGACCGGCUACUCGAGCAACACGCUCCCGGACUACGUGGCGACCUCCCCGGACUCGACAGUCGAGGCGACGCUGAUCCAGGCCUGGCGGGCCAAAGCCAUCACCACCCCCCUGCAUCUCCUCAAGGACUGCCUCGCCCACGAAGAACUGGCGCGCUCCACCGCGCAUGCCGCUGGCCUCGUCUGCCACUCGCUGUCGUCGUUGAACGAUCUCGUGCCCGCCAAAGGUGGCGGCUUCCUCGACCCCGACGGCCGCCCCGUCCGGACGCUGUGGCACGCGUCGCCGUGGGCCACCCUCCUGAGACAUAACCACCCGGCGCUCCUGUGUCCGUCUAUCCGAUGGAUCGAACCGCUGUGGACGACACUCUCCAACUCGUCCGCCAUCGCUCCCCUCCUCCGAGACCUGUACCCUCACCACCCGAUGCUGCAACCCGCCCCUCCCGUCGCCGGCGUUCGCUUGAUUACGUGGGCCGUCAAAGGGCAGUUUGCCGCCGCCGCCGUCCGAGCCAAGGCGUCGACGUUGCCGUUGCAUGUGAUUACUAGUCCACUACACGACCAGCCUUAAUCGUCCGAUUGUGUGUCGUUCUAGUGACUAAAUUGCGUCAUGUACAGUCGCAUCUAAACCCUCGGCGACUACUGGUAUACUAAAAGCAUGGCACAACCAACGUCGUGGAGAGAUACUAGAUAACAACGAUUGCACAGUAUAUAAAAUAAUAUAUUUGCCACCAUCUCACUUUAUUCCUCGUCGUCGUCAUCACCUUCUUCGACUCCUUCGUCUUGUUCUUCCUCUUCUUCUUCUUCUUCCACUUCUUCGUCGUCGUCGAUGCCUUCGCCCUUGAGUGCCUCCGCGUUGAACGCCGCGAGUUCCUCCAAGCUCACGUCCUUUCCUUCUUCAACUGCUUGCUGUUCCUCGGGUUUCAACGGCGGCGCAAUGAACCACGGCAACUUGCCUCGGAUGAAGUCGUUGAUCACUUGGACAGCCACGUUGUUGUGAUCAGCUUCGCCCUUGGGCAGCAGCUUGCCGCUCUUGAUUGCGAGCUGGUCCAGGAAGUGGUUGUCGUCCGUCCAGUCUGGGAUCCCGUACACCUUGAUCACGUGCUCCUUCUUGACGCGAUCGAGGAUCGGCUGGAUAAACUCGGCCGGUUGCGGCAGCUUCUCGGCGCGGACCACGCCCUUGAGCACGGUUUCGACCUCGCCGUCGUUGACACCGUCGUACACGACACCGGGGCAGUCGAUGAGAAAGAUGCGGCGCAUGAGGGUGAUGUACUGCCACACUUUGGUCUCGCCGGGGAUGGGCGCCACCUUGCACACGCGCUUCUUGCGCAAGGCAUUGAUCACGGAGCUCUUGCCGACGUUCGGGUACCCGAUGAUGCCGACGCUGAUCUGUUUCUUCUCUUGGUGGAGCUUGGCGAACUGCCGCAGCAGGUUGAUCAGCGCACCCUUGCCGAACGGGCUGUUCAGACUCGCGUGGAACGCCAGCGUCGGCGUCGUUUUGCUCAGAAUCUGCACCCACUUCUUGGUCACCCAGUUGGGCACCAAAUCACAUUUGUUGAUCACGUACACCAAGUGCUUGUGCGCGGCGUUCGAUCGCAGGUGGCGCUCGAUGUGCUCGCUGCGCGUGCCGGGAACGUUCCGCGCGUCCAGCACUUGAAUCACGACGUCGGAACAAUCCAACACCUUGUACAACUCGCCCCAAAUGCGCCGACUCUGGCCCUUGUUGAACACGUCGUGCGACGUCGCAUCCUUGAACUCUUCGACCACUUCGAUGUUGCGGUCCACGCCCUUGGUCUCGUACUUAUCGGCCUGGUCGCUCGCGCGGUUCAUCAGCGCCUCGAGGUCGCCCACGCCGUUGAGCUUGGCGCGCUUGCGGCUACGCUGCUUGCCAAACGUUUCUUCAAACGUUUCCGUCUCCAGGAGCUUCAUGCGCGUCACCUUGGCCGAGUCUUGGAUCAAACUCAUGGGCAGCUUGCGCGUUCGCAACACUACUGAGUACGGAUCGGCGGCCUUGACGUGCAUUUCGUUGCGGAACUUGUCGAGCUCCUUCUGGCCCACCACGCGGGUGUUGCCGAACCAGCGUCGGUCGGGGGCAAUGCGCGACGACGCGGUGGGGUCGUUCAUCGUGACACCGCCUUGGCGGCCGGCCAUCAUCAAACUACCGCCCACGAUCUUGCCCUCCUUGUUGCGAAUGGCCCCAGAAUUCCGGUACAUGUUGAGACGCUUGAUCGUGCCCUUGUCACGCAUGUUGGCAGCCUUUUGCUUCUUGGGAAUCUUACGAUUCGGGUUGUCGGAGCUGGCGCCCUUGGUGUUCAAACCCAAACGCUUCUUCGGGACCUUCGUCGGCGGCAUGAUGCAAGUGUCCUGGGUAAGUCGAUGUGAUGGAAUGCAAACGAAUGCAAG